AUGAGACAACCAUUGUUCGUGCAAAAAAAAAUAAUGAAAGGAUAGAAAGAGCCUGUAAGCGUCAAGCAUUAGCUCUUGGUUCUUCCUCUGAAGAAGUCCAUUAUGGAGUAUAUGUUCAACCAGAAGGAAUAGAUAUGGAUCCACAAUCAGCUCAAGCACUUCUUAUAAAAUAUCAAUCAACUAAAAAUGAAAUUUAUUCAUUAAAAAAAAAAUUUAAAAAAUUAAUGGAAAAUUUAGAACAAUUAAAGGUUGUAAUUGCUGAUCCUAUGGAAUUAGAACCUGAAGAUAGAGAAUUGGAAAAUGAAGAAGAAUUAAAUGCUGCAGUUAAUAAAAUUAUUGAUGAAAAUGCUUUGGGAUCAACUAUUUUUAUAUCAACAAAUAAUUACCUGAAGUUGGUACUUUUGUCCCCCUGUAAAAAUUGUGGGUGCCAUAAAAUCAAUGAGAAGAAGUGGCUGGUGAGAUCAUAUGGACUUUAUCUGAAUGUUACCAUUUAUUGUCUUAAAUGCAAAUUCUCAUCAGAAUUAUGUAAUGAAUCAAGUGACAUGAAUUAUUCCAAAGCAAUUUCUGCAACAGGAUUGAUUGCUGGAUUAAAUCAAGAAGAACUAAGAACUGCAUUGGCCUUUAUGGGUGUUACAUCACAACCAUCAAGAGCUUCUUACUGGCAAUAUCAAGGUCAACUUUUUGAUAAAAUUGAAAAAAUGGCAGAUGAUGUUGUAAAUCUAGCCUUAAUUAAGUCCAUUGAAAAGGUUAAAAAUGAAGGCAAAAAAUCAUUGUGUUGUGGGUUUGAUGUUUCUUGGACACAUGUCAGGAAUGCUUAUCAGGCUAGUGGCGAGCUAAUCUUUGAUGGAUUUGUGGAAGGAAUGAGUCAUAAGCCAGUUAUUGUAUACUCAAUUUGUGAAAAACCUCGUAUUGCAACUAAAGAUGGUGAAAAAGUUGUUGUCCAUGAAGCAACUAGAUUAAAGGAGGAUUAUGAAAAUAAAAUGAAAGAACAAAAAAUUGACUUAUCAUUUCCACCAGAUAAUGAUGCUCUGCAUCAGGUUCAAACAGUAGGUUUAUUUAAGCAUCUGUGUGAUGAUCAUAGUAAUUGCUGGGAAAAAGUUUGCUGGCAUGUUAAGAAUCCAGAAUUGGAUUUGAAAACACCCAAUCUAAAAACCUAUUCUGAUAAAGAAAAACAAGAAUUCAAAAAGAUGUUAAUAAAUGUCAUUAAAAAACCAAUUCAGACUACAUUAAUCACUUCAACAU